GCCUUGUACACACCAUAGAAACAUUGCUUGUGUAUAGUUCCCAUCAUUAGCAUGUGAACUGAAUCACCCCUUGCCCCUUGUUGUACAUGCAUAUGACCAUUAAAAUCUCCAUUCUCCAUUCUAAUUUCCUUUUCCCCAUAUUCUCAUCUUAUACAAUUCUUUUUGGAGACACCAACAGAAAAUGCAUAAAUGCUCUGAUUUUUAUUCUUUUUAUUUCUGAAAAUGCCAAUUGCUGAACAAUUGAACAUGCAUCCUCAUCUUUCAUGACAAAGCAACUAGCUUUCUCUUUUCUAUUGCACCAAAACAAUAUUCAUAUUUUGGGUCCCUUUCCACUUUAUACUCCUUUCCUCUUUCUCCUUUAUCAUAUCACACCCCUUUCAUUCAAUUUUUGUACUUCCAAUUUCAAAACAUGGUCUUAUACUUGUAACUCUUAAAACCCAUUACAGUUUAAUACACCAUAUUUCAAAAUCCCAUUUUGGUAUUUUUUUUUUUUUAAAAAAAAAAACCCACCAAAAACCUUCUACUUGUACUUUUUUCUAUGGCUAGGUUAAAUUCCCUGUACUUCCUCUUCGUGGUUCUUUCCUCACAAUGCAUUUCCAAAUCUGGAGGAUUAGAAGAACAAAAGAGUAAAGCAAAAAACUUCCAAUCUUCAUCAAAUGUUAAAAGAAAACUACAAAAUCUUCCACCUUAUACUCCAACACCUAUAACAAACCCAGCAAAUUUUCCACCUUAUACUCCAACACCUGCAAUUGUAACAAUUCCAGGUUCAACCCCUUCAACCCAAGUAAACCCUUUUCCAACACCAACAAGUAUUGUCCCAGAUACAACUAACCCAACACAGCCCAUCCUAAAUCCUGCAAACCCUGAGAAUGCUCCUGUGGUUUACCCAUUAAAUCAGCCCACAAAUGCACCUAUAACUCGAGGACAAACUUGGUGUAUAGCUAAAACUGGUGCGCCAGAAACUGCACUUCAAGAGGCAUUAGAUUAUGCUUGUGGGAUUGGUGGAGCUGAUUGUUCAACAAUACAACAAGGGGGUAUUUGUUAUAAUCCUAAUAGUCUUGAGAAUCAUGCUUCUGUUGCUUUUAAUAGCUAUUUUCAGAAGAAUCCUUCUCCUACAAGCUGUGAUUUUGGGGGUACUGCUGUGUUAGUCAACACUAAUCCUAGUACUGGUACUUGUGUUUACCCAUCAUCAGCAACAGGAACAGGAACAGCUAUGCCUUUGACAACAAAUCCUCCAGUAACAGGGACACCUUUCUCCACUAUUCCAACACCAACAACAUCAUCCUCAACUGGGACAACUGGAUCACCAUAUAGUAUUCCAGCAUCUGGCAUUUAUGGAUCUCCAUCAUUGACAAAUCCAGGAAACCCAGGUUCACUUUUUCCUACAAGCUAUGGCCCUGACAGCCCUCCAACAGGCAGCUCUUUUCCUGCUGGUUCAGCUACUCUUCGACCGCACAUCAGUCUCAUUAUCCUUGUAGCUUUCUUCUUCACCGGAUAACUAGUUCUAGGUACAUGAGUUUUUGAUUUCAAUUCAGAAGGUUAACUAGGGUCCUAACUUAUGGCAAUGUCAGAUUUGCUCUUGUACAGAUCCUUUAGAUCGUGGGAAUGGAAGACUAUAUGGUAGUAAUUAACAUUAGUUUUCUAUAUUACUUAGGAGUACUUAAAUAUUGUACCCUGGAAAACAAUUUUGGCAUGGAUUUUGGGUGCAGUUUCUAGAGAGGAGAGUUACAUUAUGAAAUGUUUUAGAUUAGGAAUAGUUAGAUUUCACAGCAUUCCAUUAGAAAUGUACAAAGGAAACCCACAAUUUGUAAUUCAUGAAACUGCUCUAGUAGUUCAACAGUUUUCUUGUGCAUUAUGAUUGCAUAUUUGCAUCAAUGUUCUUAUGAAUUGUUUGAUGCUUAUUCCUGAAUUUUCUAUAUUAUACUUAUAAAGCU